AUGGACGAAGCUAGGAAACGACUAAAAUUUUGGCCUUCUAUUCAGAAAGAUAAGUACCUGAGCUUCAAAAAUAUGACUACCACUAAAAACAGCACUGACAAUAAUUUGCAACUGCACGCUUCCAACUUGGUUCAAAAAAUUAAAUAA